AUGACCAUGGAUAUAACCCCAGAUCAGGUUAGAUAUAUCGCCGAUAAACUUGAUUCUCAUACUGUCACCUUCAGCUCAGUUUCUCGUGAUCUUAAUGUGCAUACUUCCCAGGCCAAACGGAUCCUUUAUGCCUACUAUUCUCUGAACAAGGAGAAGUUGAACGCGUUGUACGUGGCCAGCGGGACCCAGGGCACGAAAACUGUGGUGAAAAUCGUGGAAAACCCCGAUGAAAAUUACCUACUGGAUCUGUUUGAUCAGGUUGGCUCCAUCCACAUAUACAGCAUUUCCCAGAACAAAUUUUCAUUCAGCACAAGCGACAUAGCAUUGGAGCAGCUCAGGCGACCUGUGGAUUUCGAUAAAGUGGAAUCCUACUACGAGCUAGGCAUGAUCCGUGGAAGACCGCUCAAGACUGUUCUGGCACAGGUUGCACCACGUUCUAAGGUUGAGCCACCAAAGCCUAAAGCAGAACCAAAGAAAGAGGCACCAAAGGUGGAAUCCAAGCCAAAGCUUCAAUACCAGUCUAGAAAGGAAAAACCACAAGCAUCAUUGUUAUCGAACUAUGUUUCUCGUAAGGACGAGAAGAAGCAGAAAGAGGACGAUUCGAAGAAGCGCAAGCCCGACCAGAGCUCGGGUUACCAGUACAAGUCUAGGAAAUUGGAGAGCAAGCAGCCGAAGGAGCGUGUGAUUGUCUCUAAUGAGACGGAAGAGCCCGAAGAAGAGGAGCCACAGAAGAAAGCAGCUCCUGCCAAAACCACUGAUCUCAAUUCGUUGUUCUUGGACGAUCUCAGCGACUUUUCAGAUAACGACGACACCAAAGAGGCGCAGGAGAAGGAAGAGCCCAUCAUGGUCGAGCCAGAAGCUCAAUCCAAGCCUCAGGAGAACGAGCAGCAGCCCAAAGCCACUGUCGCGCCGCUGUUGCCCCAGGGUUCAUCGUUGCGUUCUCUUACAUCCAAAUCGCCCACGCCGCAGGCGGGCGAGAACGCAGGCACGGCAGAGGAUGCCCAGGAGCCUGAGCCUGUUACAACAAUUGACGACGAAGGCUACAUAGUGACUAAAAAGGCGGAACCCAAGAAGAAUGAGGCGCCCAAGCCGGCAAGGAGAGCCGCUCCAGCGCCUAAGAAAGCAACUCCUUCCAACAAGAAGUCGGACGGCACCAAGAAACAGGCUCUGUUAAUGAGCUUUUUUGACAGACGCUGA